UCGCUCGCUCGCGCUCCCCGCCCGCCACCCGCCGUCCUCGGUCGGUUCUCUCGUUAGUGAGCCGUCGCGUCCCCAGCCGCCCGUCCUCGUCGCCGGUCUUGCGACUCGCGGACAGGCGUCCCCUCGGCGCGAAGAGGCCGGACUCGGAGUCGUCGUCGCCCGAGUCUUUCGUCUGAGACAUUCAAGGUACUUUGCACAGCUUCUAUCACAUAGGCCUGUGGAUCUUGCAGUACAUCUAUAAGCGAUGGCUGCCAUCCGGAAGAAACUGGUGAUUGUCGGUGAUGGUGCUUGUGGCAAGACAUGCUUGCUGAUAGUCUUCAGCAAGGACCAGUUCCCAGAGGUCUAUGUCCCCACGGUGUUUGAGAACUAUGUGGCAGAUAUUGAAGUGGACGGGAAACAGGUAGAGUUGGCUUUGUGGGACACAGCUGGCCAGGAAGAUUAUGAUCGCCUGAGGCCUCUCUCCUAUCCAGACACUGACGUGAUCCUGAUGUGUUUCUCCAUUGACAGCCCUGAUAGUUUAGAAAAUAUCCCAGAGAAGUGGACCCCCGAAGUCAAGCAUUUCUGUCCAAAUGUGCCCAUCAUACUGGUUGGGAACAAGAAGGAUCUUCGGAACGAUGAGCACACACGGCGGGAGCUGGCAAAAAUGAAGCAGGAGCCAGUAAAACCUGAAGAAGGCAGAGAUAUGGCCAACAGGAUUGGCGCUUUCGGGUACAUGGAGUGUUCAGCAAAAACCAAAGACGGCGUGCGGGAGGUGUUUGAGAUGGCCACGAGAGCGGCUCUGCAGGCCCGGCGGGGGAAGAAGAAAUCUGGGUGCCUUGUCUUGUGAGGCCUUGCUGCGAGCAGUCCUCCUGCGGUUCAUUUUGAAGUGCUGUUUAUUAAUCUUAGUGUAUGAUUACUGGCCUUUUUCAUUUAUCUAUAAUUUACCUGAGAUUACAAAUCAGAAGUCAUCUUGCUACCAGUAUUUAGAAGCCAGCCAUGAUGAUUAAUGAUGUCCAACCCGUCUGGCCCUCCAGGGUCCUCUGACACUGCUCUCUAACAGCCCUCGCUGCACUCCCACCUGACACACCAGGCGCUAAUUCCAGGAAUUUCUUAACUUCUUGCUUCUUUCUAGAAGAGAAACAGUUGGUAACUUUUGUGAAUUAGGCUGUAACUUCUUUAUGACUAACAUGUCCUGCCUGUCACCUGUCAGCUGCAAGGUGUUCUGGUGAGUUUACUGCCCCCAGAGCACAGCUCCCUCAGAUUUCAUUUGGCACAACUCUAGGGUGGGCACCCCGUUUUUCUAACAUGCUCAGCCAAAAAGGCUCAAGCCCAUUGCAGCUGUGGCAGAGUUACAGUUCCAUGGUUUCAUGUUAGUUACCUUAUAGUUACUGUGUAAUUAGUGCCACUUAAUGUAUGUUACCAAAAAUAAAUAUAUCUACCCCAGACUAGAUGUAGUAUUUUUUGUAUAAUUGGAUUUCCUAAUACUGAUAUUUGUCAUCCCCACAGAAAGUGUAUUGGUUUUUUUAAAAAAAGAAAAGUGUAUUUGGAAAUAAAGUCAGAUGGAAAAUUGAUUUUUUUAAAUUCCCGUUUUGUCACUUUCUCUGAUGACAGAUGGCCAUAACGCCCACCCCUCCUCCCCCCUUGCCCCGUCCUUCUCCAGAGCUGGGUUCGCUGUGUAGGAUUUGGUUUCCUGCCUGAAGCAGUCACACUCUGGAAGGUGGCAGAGCCCUUCUCCUGGGCUGCAGGGUCUGGCUCUAAUUCACAGUGCUCUCUCCUCACUGCUAGGGGAGGUCCCCGCCCUCAGCCCCAGAGGCUGCACAGCCUUCUCUUCCCCAGCCCACUAGACUUUUAUUGUGUGCCAGUUACAUUUUCCAACUACUAAUAGAAUAAAGGCAGUUUUCCAAACUUG